AUGGCGUCCAGGGAGAAGAAGAGGAGAGGUGGUUUAUGGAUCUUCUCUUACGGUUUCAUCUUUCUGACAGGGGUAGGCGAUGCCCGUACAGAAGCUUCAUAUCAAUAUAAGUCCACUUUUAUGGAGAGAAGCAUUACCCCUUUGUGGUGGCAUUCAAUUUGUCUCGUUGUAGAUCCAGAUGGGCUUACAUUGUAUGUCGACAAUGAAACAAUUUACAAACCAGUUCAGAACAAACCCCUGCAUCUAGGUGGAUCACUUGUUCUCGGGCAGGAUCAAGACGGAUUUGAUAAGGGGUAUGCUGCUCACCAGGCUUUCAUAGGUAAGGUGACGGGACUAACAUUCUGGACGUCAGCUCUACAGCCAGGAAAUGUGCAGGAAUGGCGUGACUGUGGGGAUGUGAAAGUUCUUCCUCUUUUCUCUUGGGCUAGUGUUACCUUCAAUACUUAUGGUAAUUUCACGAUGGAGGAAGUCGAAUUCUGCAGUUCAAGGACUGGUCUGAAUGAAAACAACCUGUUCAUCUUCCCAGGACAGAAAAGAUGGCAGGAAGUUUAUGAUACCUUGAAGAACAUGGAGUUGGAGUUUGUGGUUCCAAAAAAUGACGAAGAAGUGCAGAUACUAAGCAAACUACUUGGAGAACACAGUGAUUACUGCAAGUCAUUAGCUUAUGAUUAUAAAAGUAUCUGGCUCGGACUAAGAUGUCAACGAAAGGGAGGCAGCUUUUUGGAUGUUAACACAAACCAAAACAUCUCUUUUGCUGUGUGGGAUCAAAAGAGUUUGAUGAAAAUGGAAAAUGGUGUAGGAAACGAUUGCCAUGCAGCUCAAGACGAAAACUUCACGUGGCACACAGAAUUUGAAAUGACUAAAUUAUGCUAUGGUGGCGUCAGAACUUCUGGAGCAAUGUACAACUUACUGGGAUUGGGAGACCUCGAGUCAGGACGUUGCAAGAACAUAACCUUUGUUUUAGCUGGUUAUAAGGAAAACGAACUUUACUUUCAUAGUGGAUGUGGAUUCUGGAUCUGGAGAAAUGGCACAGGGCAAUGGAGGCUUUAUGACAGCAUCAACAAACGCAACGUUGCAAAUUUAUAUGAGGAGAAGGAUUUGCCAUUUGGUGUUCAGAACUGGGUGUUUGUGAAAGGUGGUUCUGAAGUUGAAAGACAACUGACAUUUAGUUUCUGUAGAGAAUUUACCUGUACAGAUGGAAGUUGCAUUCCACAAAUUCACCGCUGUGAUGGUGCCAAUAACUGCACUGAUGGUCGUGAUGAAAGAAAUUGCCACACCACGUCAAAAGCAGUCAACCAGAGUCUUGCUUCGCCCCCUCCAGAGCUUUUACUAGACGUUCAUAUCAGACUAAACCGCAUAACUAACAUAGAUCUACUCGGGAUGAAAUUUGAUGUUGAUUUCUUCGUUCGAAUGGAGUGGUUGGACCAGCGGUUGAAGUACCACAAUCUAAUCGUUCAUAAAAGAAACUUCUUAACCUUUGCUGAUGACUCCAGUUCUGAGCAACUGUGGAGUCCAAGUGUCGUCGUGACCAACUCCCUGAAAGCAGAAGUAGCCUACAGAGAAAUACCAAACAUCUACUGUGAGAGACAGGGUCGUCGAAAUGGAGAAGGUAACACCAGAACAACUUAA